CAGACACUCCUCCCCAUUGCUAUCCAACUAACCCCCUCACAACUACACUCCUCCCCUUCCUCCCGAAGUUGUGGAUGUGGUGGUCAUUCUUUUGAUCUUCCCUUAUUUUCUCGUGUGCGGAGCUUGCUUCUCUAUGGUGCGGCUCCGGCCAACCCUCUUUCAAGAUGCAGUCCUCCCCAAACAUGCUCACUAAGUUUGAGUCCAAAUCCUCCCGCGCUAAGGGAAUUGCCUUCCAUCCCAAGCGGCCAUGGAUUCUAGUCUCCCUUCACUCCUCCACCAUUCAAUUAUGGGAUUACCGCAUGGGAACCCUGAUUGAUCGCUUUGAAGAACACGAUGGUCCCGUUCGUGGCAUUGACUUCCACCCGACACAGCCCAUGUUUGUAUCCGGCGGUGAUGACUACAAGAUCAAGGUCUGGAACUACCAGACUCGCCGGUGCAUGUUCACCUUGAACGGUCACUUGGAUUACGUGCGGACGGUUUUCUUUCAUCAUGAAUUGCCCUGGAUUCUCUCCGCCUCGGACGAUCAAACCAUUCGAAUCUGGAACUGGCAGAACCGGUCCCUAAUCUGUACCAUGACCGGCCACAACCACUACGUUAUGUGCGCACAGUUCCACCCUACCGAGGAUCUGAUCGCCUCUGCCUCCUUGGAUCAAUCGGUUCGCAUUUGGGACAUUUCCGGCUUGCGCAAGAAGCACUCGGCCCCGACGACUAUCUCGUUCGAAGAUCAGAUGGCCCGAGCCAAUCCCGGUCAAGCAGAUAUGUUCGGAAACACAGAUGCCGUGGUGAAGUUCGUUCUAGAGGGUCACGAUCGUGGAGUCAAUUGGGUCUCCUUCCACCCUACCCUUCCUUUGAUCGUCUCCGCCGGUGACGACCGUCUCAUCAAGCUCUGGAGGAUGAGUGACACGAAAGCUUGGGAAGUUGACACCUGCCGUGGGCAUUUCCAGAACGCUUCCGCCUGUUUGUUCCAUCCUCACCAGGACCUGAUCCUCUCUGUCGGCGAGGAUAAGACCAUCAGAUGCUGGGAUUUGAAUAAGAGAACGUCCGUUCAAUCGUUCAAGCGUGACAUGGAUCGUUUCUGGGUCAUUGCUGCCCAUCCCGAGAUCAACCUGUUUGCUGCCGGUCAUGAUACUGGUGUGAUGGUUUUCAAGUUGGAGAGAGAGCGGCCUGCCUCAGCGGUCUACCAGAACCAGCUCUUCUAUAUCACCAAAGAGAAGCAUGUCAAGUCCUAUGAUUUUGGCAAGAACGUGGAGUCUCCUCCUAUGCUCUCCCUGCGCAAACUGGGAUCCCCUUGGGUGCCCCCUCGUACCCUCUCAUACAACCCUGCCGAGCGUGCCAUCCUGGUCACGUCCCCGACUGAUGGUGGCGUGUACGAAUUGAUUCACCUCCCUAGGGAUGCUACCGGUGCUGUGGAGCCUACCGAUGUCAAGCGUGGUCAAGGCACGUCUGCUGUCUUCGUUGCGCGCAACCGCUUCGCCGUCUUUAGCCAAGGCAACCAACAGGUGGACAUCAAGGAUCUCAGCAAUGCGACUACAAAAUCGAUUAAGCCUCCAGUCGGAACCACCGACAUUUACUUCGGUGGAACUAGCUGUCUCCUCUUUAUCACUCCUACUUCGGUCGUUCUCUUCGACAUCCAGCAGAAGAAGCAAUUGGCGGAGCUCGCUGUCAGCGGCGUCAAGUAUGUUGUCUGGUCCAACGACGGGCUCUAUGCCGCUCUGCUCAGCAAGCAUAAUGUCACUAUUGUGACCAAGACCUUGGAGCAGGUGAGCAGUUUGCACGAGACGAUCCGUAUCAAGAGCGCAGCCUGGGAUGACGCUGGCGUCCUUCUCUACUCUACCUUGAACCAUGUCAAAUAUUCUCUCCUGAACGGUGACAACGGCAUCAUUCGCACUCUCGACCAGACUGUCUACCUUGUUAAGGUCAAGGGCAGAAGCGUCUACUGCUUGGACCGUAGCGCUAAGCCCCGCGUCUUGGACAUUGACCCUACUGAGUACAGGUUCAAGCUUGCACUGGUGAAGAGGAACUACGAUGAGAUGUUGCAGAUCAUUAAGACUUCUAGUCUGGUCGGCCAAAGCAUCAUUUCCUACCUGCAGAAGAAGGGCUACCCCGAGAUCGCGUUGCAAUUUGUGCAGGACCCUCAGACCCGCUUCGAGCUUGCCCUCGAGUGCGGCAACCUGGAUGUAGCUAUUGAGAUGGCUCGCGAGUUGGACCGCCCCAAUCUGUGGACCAGACUUGGGGCCGAAGCUCUGGCUCACGGUAACCAUCAGACAGUUGAGAUGGCCUACCAAAAGCAGAGAAACUUCGACAAGUUGUCCUUCUUGUACCUGUCAACUGGCGACCAGGAGAAGCUGUCCCGCAUGGCCAAGAUUGCUGAGCACCGAGGCGACUUCACGUCGCGCUUCCAGAACGCUAUCUACCGUGGUGACGUCGAGGACAGAAUUCAGAUGUUCAAGGAAGUGGAUCUUUAUCCGCUCGCGUACCUUACUGCCAAGUCCCACGGGCUGACAGAGGAGGCCGAGUCGAUUCUCGAAGCCUGUGGUCUCACGGAGGAUCAGAUCACUCUCUCCACGAUUGAGGAGCCCCUGCGUGUGCCUCAACCCAUUGUUCCCACCUUCAAGGCCAAUUGGCCCGUCAAGGCUGCUGCUCAUUCAUCAUUCGAAAAGGCUCUGCUUGGAGAGGUGGGUGAGGUCGAUGAUGAGGUCGCUGCGAUCGAGUUUGAGCCUGAGGAGGAAGGCGAGGUUGCUGCUGCGCGUGAUACUUUCGAGGACGAAGAGGAGGAUGUCGCCGGAUGGGACAUGGGAGACGAGAUCAAUGUCGAAGAGGAUGCUGAGUUCGUCGAUGUUGAAGGUGCAGAGGCUGGUGCUGGUGGCUCGGAAGCCGACCUUUGGGCUCGCAACUCCCCUCUGGCAGCGGAUCAUGUCGCUGCCGGCUCCUUCGAGACAGCCAUGCAACUUCUCAAUCGUCAAGUUGGUGCCGUCAACUUCGCCCCUCUCAAACCCCGAUUCCUGGAAAUCUACAAGGGCUCCAAGACUUAUCUGCCCGCAAGCGCCGGUCUUCCCCCGUUGGUGAACUACGUGCGCCGCACCGUUGAAGAGACGGACAGCCGCAAGGUUCUGCCUGUCAUCCCCAGGGAUUUGGAGACAAUUGCCAACGUCGACUUGCAAGAGGGUUACGCUGCGAUGCGGGCCAACAAACUUGAAGAUGGUGUCAAGAUCUUUAAGGGCAUCCUGCAUUCAAUCCUGCUGAACACCGUCUCUUCCGAGGCUGAGGUCGAGCAAGCGAAGAAGAUCAUCGCUACCGCGCGGGAGUACAUUCUGGCCAUGUCGAUCGAGUUGGAGCGUCGUUCUCUCUCUACUGAUACGCCCGAGGGCCUCAAGAGAAGUCUUGAGCUCUCGGCCUACUUUACCAUCCCUAAGCUGGAAGUAGCCCACCGUCAGUUGGCACUGAUGGCAGCCAUGAAGUUUGCCUUCGCCAACAAGAACUAUUCUUCUGCCCUCAGCUUCGCGAACCGCAUGCUGGCCAACGGUGGCUCGCCCAAGCUUCUUGAGCAGGCCCGUAAGAUCAAGUUGCAGAGCGAGCGCAGCCCGCAAGACAAGAUCGACAUCGAGUUCGACCAAUUCGCCGAAUUCGACAUCUGCGCUGCUUCGUACACGCCUAUCUACGGUGGCUCCCCGAGUGUGUCGGACCCGUUCACGGGCGCCAAGUAUCAUGAACAAUACAAGGGCACGGUGUGUCGGAUCUCGGAGGUGACGGAGAUUGGGGCCCCGGCCAGCGGACUCCGGUUGUUUGUUCCCGGCCAGUAUUGAGGAUGACGAUGACGAGCUCUUUUUUAUACUGUAAUUCCCCGUCUCUUGAUGUGCAGAUCUGAUAGAAAACAUUUUUCUUUUUCUACUGGUACGGCCGGAGGUGGGACCCAGAUUUGGUGCUUGCCCUCGAUGUAUGGAUGGAACCUCUUCUGUUAUCAUAAUUUCUCAGCGACGUUAGGACUCAAAUCUUCAUAAUUGUUUUUGUUCAUAUCUGGGUGAUGUUCCAUAGUACCUCAC